CUUCAUUCUCUUAUUACAAAGCAGCAUAACUAUCCAAAAAAUUCGCUGACUUGUCUGUAUUCUCUGCGAUCCCAUUACGUACACCGCAACAACCCCCACUUCCGGUCAGAUCUCCUCUCUCUCUCUCUCUCUCUCUCGCCGUAAAGUCUCCACCGCACCGCCGCCUCCUCAUUCCGAAGAUGGCAAUGCAAGAAGAGAGUUCAGGAGCUCCAAGUGCUCAAUUUGUAGGGAAUGCAUUUGUGGAACAGUAUUAUCAUAUACUGUACAGAUCCCCUGGUUUGGUGCACAGGUUUUAUCAAGAUUCCAGCUUUCUAAGCCGUCCUGAUUCUAAUGGCACUAUGGCCACGGUCACUACCAUGCAAGCAAUCAAUGAGAAGAUACUAUCCUUCAACCAUGAAGAAUUUACGGCGGAGAUAAAAACUGCAGAUGCUCAGGAAUCUCAUGAGAAAGGGGUGAUUGUUCUAGUAACCGGAUGUUUAACUGGCAAGGACAAUCUGAAAAGGAAAUUCACACAAACAUUUUUUCUUGCUCCUCAAGACAAAGGCUACUUUGUCUUAAAUGAUGUGUUUAGGUUUGUUGAGGAAAAUGAAGUGUUGCAAACCAAUUCUGUCUCAGCCAAUGGAAUAAAUGAAAACGUUGCUACAGCUCCCUUGACACCAGAACCAGAACCUGAUCAUGCUCCCGAACCUCCUGCUCUGGACCCCGCUACUUCCUUGGAGGAGGAAGAUCUUAAUGAUGUUGCUGAAGUUUGUGAUCCUUCAGAUAAUGAAGAAGGAUCAGUGGUUGAAGAUGAGAUUAUUGAACCCCCAAGUCAUUCAAUUCCGGAUGAAAUUCCUAUAGUGGUUGAUUCUACAGGUGUUGAUGCAGCUCCUGCAGCUGAGGAGGAUGCUCCAAAACAGUCUUAUGCGUCAAUUUUGAAGGUAAUGAAGGGUACAACGUCUAAUUCAGUCCAUGUUCCCACCAGAAAUGUAAGAGUGGCACCCGCAAACACCAGUCAGUGGUCUGCAAAACCUGUUCCUGCACCUGAAGCAUCAGCUCCUAAUAGUGACAAUGCUCCUGAAAGCAGCAAUGUUCGUGAGGAAGCUGAAGGUCAUUCUAUAUAUAUACGGAAUUUACCUUACAAUGCAUCAGAAAUGCAACUUGAGGAGGAGUUUAAAAAAUUUGGGCUUAUCAAGCAUAAUGGCAUCCAAGUUAGAAGUAAUAAGCAGGGAUUCACUUUUGGCUUUGUAGAAUUUGAAACAAUCAGUUCAAUGCAGAGUGCUCUUGAGGCUUCAACUAUCAUAAUUGGGGAUCGUGAGGCUGCUAUCGAGGAAAAGAGAACUACUACCCGAGUUGGCAACAGUGGGAGAGGGAGGUAUUCUUCAGGAAGAGGUGGGUUCCGGAGUGACAGUUUCAAGAGCCGUGGGAACUUUGGUGGUGGCCGGGGUUAUGGUAGGAAUGAAUUCAGAAACCAGGGUGAAUUUUCAGGGCGACCCAGGGGUUCAGGUGGACGCAACGGAGAGGGUCAACAGCGGGCCUCUCAGAAUGGCAGUGGAAGAGGUGGGCGUCAAGGUGGGACGAACCGUGGUGGUGCUGCUUCUGGUUAAACAUUGAAGAAAGGUUGACAGAUGAUUUUUUGACCAUCAAAUGAGGGGGUUUUAAGGCUUUAGAUAUUCAGGUUUGCUAUUUUUAAAAUCUCAAAUGUUAAUGAGAAGAUUAUUGUAAUUUUUCUUACUUGCAGUUUUUCACAAAGCUUAUAUGACAUGAAAAAAAAAGGUGUUUGGGUGUGAUUAAUGUAUCCUGUCAUAAAGCAUCUUGGUUUUGUAACAGUAAUUCUCUGUAUCUAACCCUUUACACGGAGGAAUACUUGACAUCAGUAGCUGAUUUCAAGCUCCGUAGAUGAUGUAGAAUUUUGGGUACAAUAAAAUGGGAUUUAUUGAUGUUUGGGGAA